AAGGCCGCGUUAUCAGCAUCACCACAGGCAGUCCGAAUGAACACGAAGAAGAAGGAUAAGGAUAAUUCAAGGACGAUUAGUUCUCCUACGAAACUUCGAUGCGUAAGGAGCAAAUAUGUUUAUGUUCUCUUUGUUAAUUAUAAAAAUCCGCGAUUAAUCGUAAAUUGCAAUCAGUGCUCUAUGUAAGGCAACAACUUUAUCACUGCAAGCAGAGAAUUGGAAUUCAACAUUGCUCAUGAUCACAAAAUUAUGUAUGAUUCUUGCGAACUGUAAUCACUUUGUGCAAGAUAAUACAGUAGGUGCACUGCUAAAUAAUUGCCACAUGUAUGAUUAUACAGAAGAAAAUAAUGUAUCACACACAAUAUGCUGUAAAGAGCACCAAAGGUUAUAUAGAUAAAUUAACAGAUUUACUAUCAGUAACUCUAAUGCUGCUCUUCACAAGAUUAGCCUAACAUAUCUAGAUAAAACAAAACUAUCAUAUAAUGUCAAAUUCUAAGAAAAAUCCAGUCUUUAGUAAGAAAGAAGAUAUGGAGCACAAGGAAGAGUCACAAGCAACAGUGAAGAAAAAAGAAAAAACCUCAACACGACCCAAGUGUGAGCUGGACUCGCAUGGUUGUUUAAAUCUUCAGGAUAUUUUGUUGAUGUUUGACAGUCCUAUAGAUCAAGAACGAGCAUGGGCAUUAUGCUAUCAGAUAACCAAAGGCCUACUAAUCUCAAAGGAAAAUAAGUUCUUUGAAAUAUCUGAUCUUUCUCAAAUUAUACUUCACAAGGAUGGAGAUAUUCGACUUGAAAAUUCGACAGGUUCCAAACAACUUCUUGUUUCGGAAGAGAAGGCUAUAUUUGCAUUAGGAAUGGCAAUCUUUAAGGCCUUGGACUUUGGCUCUAAUCCGGGAGAGGAAAUAGCCUUAUCAUCAGAUUUAGAAGCUCUUAUUUCAUUGAUGACAAAUUGUGCUACUUCUGCAUCCGAAUGUGACGUAGAGGAACGUCUACAGGAAACUGAUGACGAGGGCAUUGAACGAGAUUCUGGUGAUACUGAUGUGGAAGAUUAUACGACGUUGAAAACUACCGAAGCGUAUCCAGAGAGUUCCACAUGUACCUUGAAAACUAUUCUUCAAAUAUGUGCGAGACACGUGCAAAGUUUACAAGAAGAUCCUGAUAAUUAUUACCGGAAUGUGAUACAAGCGUUUGUGGAGGAGGCUCUUAAUCUCUCUCAGUUUCUGGAAAAAGUGGUUGUUAACAAGCAAUCACAAGACUUGUACAGUCCGCAAACUAAUGACCGUACUUCGACUUCAUUGCAGAACAUUGACGCCUUGGACUUCAAUGAUUGGACGGACGUUAGAAUUUGGAGAGCUAUACAAGCUAGAUUUUGGGUUCAAGUUAUCAGCGAACUGAGACGAGGAGUGAAAUUGAAAAAGGUGGAAGCUAAUUUAGGUAGUCGCGCGUCGCGCGAACAGGGAAAUCGCCCGGACUACAAGAUGACGCCUUACGAGAUUUUGAUGGACGACAUCAGGGAGAGACGUUAUCACUUAAGGAAGACACCGCCCACGUCAUCGAAGAAGGAUGCGCAUGCUAUUAUUCUUGAAUUCAUUCGAAGUCGACCACCUCUGAAAAAGGCAUCCGAGAGACGAUUACGGCCCUUGCAGAAAGAAUAUACACUGAGAGAGUUACUCAUGGAAAGUAUAAAGAAGCCACCGAAACCCUUAAGAUCCUCUCGCUUGAGACAAGACACCAUUCCCAAGAUCGAAGAGACGUUAACUUGCGACGUAGGCGGCGAGUCUCGCAUGAUAGUCCUCGGAGAAGUGCCACCGUCGCAACCGGAGCAGGAGCAGGAGUCCGCUCAGGAUGUCGCUGCUCAGUGGUUGCAGUCGGAGGAUCAGAAGACAACGUCGACGGCCGGUGGCGUCCUGGCGGCGAGCCGCAGGAGGCAAAACAUGCCACCUGUGCCGCAACCCCGGCAACGCACCGUCAAGGAGCGACUCGACCUCAGGGUCCAACCUUCCAAUAGGAAUCGUAAGUCGCGUAGAAGACGCAUUACGGUCGCAGAUAUAACACAAAACGGUGAGAAAGUAAAGGAAAAUGAUUCAUUGGCAGUUCCGAAGCCGCCUGGAAGAAAUCUAAACCAGGAUGCUACUAAACGACCUAAGAAAGUGAUACCUGUCGAUUUCGAUUUGAAGUUGGAUGCGGAAGAUGACGAGGAUGACGACGACGAUGAUUAUACCGAAGACGACAUCACGGAGAGGUUUGAGGAGGAAGAUGAUGAGGCAUCUAAUUACUGGCUCAAGGAUUACAAUUUUGGUGCUCGAGAAGGUAUACGAAAUGGUCAUAAAGAUCAUGAACACGAUGAUGAAGCGGGAUCUGCGAAUCCUUGGCGAAAAACCGGCGGACUUCGGCUGACCAGAAACGAGUAUCACCGAUUCUGCGAUGCCCAACUGGAAUCUUAUGACCUGGCGACACAAUGUCCUUCGCGGAGAGCAUCUGCGAAGAGGCACGCUGCGAAGUGUGCUAUACCCUUCAUACCGUUCACGGGAACCAUGUCGCUUCCGCAGUCGAGACCGCAGAGUCGACAGCACGCUGGUCUCACGGAUUCAUCUUUGAGCCAAGGCCCGAGUCCCAAUAUUAGUUUGAAUCCUAGUCCGAGUCUCAGUCCGCAGCCACGAGCACAGAGACAACCGCGGCGGGCGUACACAAUUACACACGAGGGAAAGGAUGACAAAGCUCACGGCGAGUGGGAGGACGAUGCUGAUAAGAAAGCAACGCUGGGAGAUAUGCUGCUCGACGAACGAUUGUCGUUAACAUUAGACGAGAUAGUUCACAUUCGCAGUGUGCUCACGAAGGCCGAAUUGGAGUCUCUUCCAGUGGAGGGACGCGUGAAAGAGGAUGUCGAGAAAAGACGCGUUUGUUUCCUCUGUCUGAAAACGCGGUUCGGUCUGUUGGGUCCUUGGGGUCAACGUUGUCGUUUGUGCAAGCGAACCGUUUGCGUGAAGUGCUACUCGAAAAUGCGGAUACCGACAGAACAGUUCGCCCGGGUGCCGGUUGUACUACUCUCACCCGGAUUGUUAAUGUCACCCACGGAAUCGGAGAGCAGUAAGAACUCCUGGUUAAGAAACUCGGGAGCUGUCGGCUCUGCACCGGCUUCUCCCGCGUCCAGACGAAAGGAUUCCGCAAUGCGCAGCGGCACUCCCGCUUCGACACCGACAACAACACCCGUCACCUCACUGACGCCGAUGUCCACGCCGCCCUCUCACGCACGUCGGGAAAUGGAGAACCAAGGAGUGGACAAAAGAUGCUAUAAGAGUGGCGGUAGUCCCGCUGCUCUCUCGACCACGAAAACAUUCUCAACUUCAAGCGGGCCGAGCGCCGAGCAGCGUAUGGCGGCGGAACGACUGCGCGGCGUUGCCGUCGUCGUUUGUCACGACUGUCGCAUUAUGGUUAUCCAGAUAAUUAAGAGUUCUAGAACAACACGCGCAACGAUUCGCAACAACGUCAUUUCUCGUCUCACCUUGAACCUCUCUCCCGCUUACAUCUAAUUAUCUCACGUCGCAGUUUUCUCGAUAGAACAAUUUUUGUCCCUCCGGCUGCGGCGCUAUCUCUCUUCUCAUUGUCUUCUGCGUACUCUCUGUUCGGGAGUUCGCGUUUUGUUAUAUGCGUAUAUCGGUAGGCUCACAACGGAAACAAUCGAUGUCGCUCGACAGCUCUCAACAACGGAAAGAGGGAAAUGUUGCGAAAGAAAGAGGAACACUCGUUCUCUCAUAAUGAUAGUUAUAAAAACCACAUACAUUGCAUUUUGUUGUAAAAUAGCGAUUACGUAAUUUUUGUGUGUGUGCAAAGAGUAGAUCAAUUUAUAAAUUAUAUAAGCCAUAUGUUUUGCGCUUUGAGGCACUUGUUCCAAGUUAAAUGAUAUUUUUUCUUCUUCCUGAUCUAUACGCAACUUAGACAAGUGCUUCGCAGCGCGUAAGAUACUCAUACUUUUCUGUUUCAAUUAUCAUUCUUAUAUUUCUUCUCUUUACACGAACAUGUUUUUAAUUGAAUAACAGAUUUAUUACGUGUUAUAUUUAUUCUGGAAAAUAGUAUGUGAUGCAUUUAUUUAUUUGUGCCAUAAGAAACUUGUUUAAUUCAGGAUGGCCUGAUACGUAGAUAGGUGUAUUGUUGUUCAGUCAUAUAUUAUUUCCUGUUUUUUUUAUUUAUUAUAUUUAUAUUAAUUUAUGUAGAUAGAAAAAAAAAAAAACUGUACCAAAGAAUUAAAGACCUAAAAAUUAGAUUCAAUAACGAUUCGAUAAUAUAAAACACAAGAAGAAGAAAAAACACAUACAUAUAUAUAUAUAAAAAGUGUUGAGAUUAGAUGAGGCGAAAUAUGAGAUUUCCGGAUUUGUGGAUCAAAAUUAAGAAAUUAAAAUAAAGUUAAGAGAUAGGAAGUGUAACAAAUCUCUAUUAAUUGAGUUUUUGCGAAACCUCGUAUUAUUCUCUGUCUUGCAAAAUAUUCGAUUUCCGUACAAUUUUACGUAUCAUCGAUCUUCAAUUGCACAAAUCUCUAAUUUUACAGAAUCAUUGAAUCCCUUUUAGGAUAGUUCUUUGCUUUUUUGUGUCAUUCUUAAAUUUCAAGAUCCUUGAUUUCGGAAAUCUUCAAUUGGCCAACAUGAUAUUUUCAACAUGUACGUCGGUAUCAUUAGUUCUUGAAAAAUAUUUAAAUAAGCUACUUACACAAAACUUUGUCAAUUUCCUGUGAAGGAAAUGAAACACUUCCAUCUUAAAAUGAAUUCUCAAUCGCACAGAAGUCAUUGAAACAAUUCACAGACACGAAUUAAAAUACGCAUUACUGUUAAUAAUAUUUUAGUACAGGAUAUAUACAAUAAACCCAAAAUAGAGGCAAAAGCCUUUGAAAAAAAAAAAAAAAAAAAAAAAAAAAAAAAAAAAAAAAAAAAAUAGUGAUACAAACAUCAAUGGUAAAUUGCGUAAAGACGGCGAAUCCUUCUUGUAAAAUAUUACUAUUGAUCUUCCAUAAAUACAAGGCGUAUUCCGAACAAUUUAAUUGUAUUUCACAUAUGUAUAUGUAUAGUACAAGAUAUUCUAAAAAGAGAUCUGUAUAGUAUAAACAAAUAUUCUCUGAAAAGAUGUUCUUACAGAUAUCUUGUUUAUUAUUCAUGUUUUUUUGUUUUAAUCUUAAAUACUAUAAUAACAGCAUAUAAGGAUUUGUAUUUAAUAUUUAGUGCAAUAUGUGAUAUGUUUUUUGUCCUAUAUAUUCUGUGAUGUUUACAUUAAGUAUACCCCGAGAAAACUUCCGAAGAAAGAGAGAAAACGCUUCUCUCUGAAAAAUCACUGAAAAACAUCUUUCUAUUGCAUCGUGAUCUUCUUUCUAGGAUAUCUUGUAUAAUGUUCCGAAAAAAAGGGAUAUAGAAGAUUAAAAGAAAUCACUCAAAUAUCUCAGAAGAACGUAAAAUUACGAAAAUUAUCACGAGUUUAUUAUAAUAAAAAAAAAAAAAACAGCAUCUUUCUGUCAGUGAAUAAAUGAAGAAAUUUAAUAGGAAAAUUCUCUUUAGGAUAAAAGAUGCAAAGAGUAAAGAAAUAUAAAACUAAAUACAUAAAUUAAAAAAAAAAAAAAGUGAAUUUAUAAUGCAUGUCAAUGAAGAGUACCUAUAUUUAGGAAUAAUAGCAAUUGAUUAUAUCUGAUCUGACACCCGUAAUCAAAUAUCCGUGGUAGCCUUGAUAUAUUGAUAAUUAUAUAUACAUAUAUUAAUUAUAAUUUUUCAAUUUAAGUAAGCGGAAUAAAACAAAUGGC